UUCCAAGGAACCUAAUCCGCUAUAAAUGGCUAGCGAGGGCUAGGCAGAAGAUAAGCCAUUUGCAUCGUCUUCUUCAUCAGGGAGAAACCAGUCAGUUCGCUUACUCUCCCGAUCUCGAAAUGGACGGUGAUGAUCUCUCCUUCCUCGAAAAGUGUCUCCUACAGAGUGAAGCUCUGCAUCAGUACAUACUGAAGACCACCGUAUUGCCAAAAGAGCAUGAACUUCUUAAGAAGCUGAGAGAAGAGACCAAAGCCAGGAUUCCCAAAAGGGCAUUAAUGAAUGUCGGCCCUGAAGAAGCGCAGCUCCUAUCAAUAAUCCUCAAGGUAAUGAACGCGAAGAGAACCAUAGAAAUUGGCGUCUUCACCGGCUACUCUCUUCUUGCUACAGCUCUGGCCUUACCAAAGGAUGCCAAGAUAACGGCGAUCGACAUCUCCAGAGAGUACUAUGAGAUCGGUCUUCCAUUCAUCAAGGAAGCAGGAGUUGAGCACAAGAUCGAUUUCAUCGAGUCAGAUGCUGUUCCAGCUCUUGACAAAUUGGUUCAUGAGGUUACAGAGGAUGAGCUGUUUGAUUUCGCCUUUGUUGAUGCUGAAAAAUCAAGCUAUUGGGAGUACCAUGAGAGGCUAUUGAAGCUGGUGAGAGUUGGAGGGCUCAUAUGCUAUGACAACACCCUUUGGCUUGGAACAGUUGCGCGUCCUCCUCAACAAAACGUUCCAGAAUUCGUCAAUUUUGUGAGGGAAGCUGUGAUCAAAUUGAACGAGAAGCUCGCCGCCGAUACGAGGAUCGAGUUGUCGCAGAUUUGUAUCAGCGAUGGGCUCACCAUUUGCCGCCGCGUCGUCUGAACUGGAAUGGAUUAUGCGAUUCUGCAACUCUAUUAUUUUGUCCUUGGUUUCUGUUCUGCUGUAUUGCUAUGUUCUGUGUGUUAACAGUCAUUUGAUUUUUACGUGUCGCCAAUAAAAAUGGGCAUUUCUGUUGGUUAGAUAUUUCAUCUUUUGGUUAAUAAAGUUUGAGCUCACCUUUGCGUGAAAAA